AUGGUUCACUUACUUCCCGUCGCCACUUUCUCGAUUUUAUUUGCACUAUCCACUGCUUCUCACCUGGUCGAUAUCUAUCCCCGCGACGCGACCGGAGACUCCAAAUGCUCAACGUAUAUGUGUGUUUCGGCCAUUUUGAACGGCUCUACCGUGCAAUAUACAUUAGCGGGGACUGGAAGGGCAACUCCUGGGUGGAUGGGCGUUGGCUUUGGCACCCAAAUGUCCAACACGCCCAUGGUCAUCAUGUGGAGUAAUUCAGACGGUUCGAUCACCAUCUCACAGCGCAAGGCGCCGUCGGAAGUCAUGCCAACUGUGGACUCUAAUCCCCCUCGUCUUGCAACGCUAUCGACAUCACUUAGCACGACCUCGGGCAACUCUGCAUUUGUGUUCACUGUCGAUUCCAACGGGGCAAACACGCAAUCUCUCAUUUUUGGCUUUGGCGACAAGAACCCGGGCGAUAAAUCGGCAUCCGCCACGCUCCAGCAACACAAAGACUACGGCAUCACACAACUGAACCUCCAGAAAGCGUUGUCAGGGACAGGGACAACGACUGGCGGUGGGGCUUCGCAGACUGGUACCCCGGGUUCGUCCGGCAACACCGGCAAUGAAGACACGGGAGGCGUUACGAGCGACAUCCCGUUAACGCCUUACCAGCGCAUGAUCAUCGCUCAUGCUAUCUUCUGUGUCCUUGGUUUUGCUCUUUUCCUGCCGCUUGGCGCACUCGUUGCGCGAUACUUGCGCACUUUCUCCUCGACGUGGUAUACUGCCCACUGGAUCGCCCAAUUUGUGUUAGCCGGGUUAUCCAUUAUCAUUGGUGUCGUUUUAGGCUUCAAGGCCGCCAGCCACGACGGCAGUAUUAGCUACAAGAUCCUCGACGACCACAAGAAAACCGGAAUCGUGCUAUUCGUUCUGUACUUUGCGCAAUGCGCGCUUGGCGCGUUCAUCCACUGGGUCAAGCCCAAGCGCGUUCUUCGCCGGCCCCCGCAAAACUAUGUCCAUGCCCUUCUUGGCCUCGCCAUUAUCGGCCUGGCGCUUUACCAAAUCCGAACGGGAAUCAAGAAGGAGUGGCUGUUCACUGGGCUCGACGCGCUCCCGUCCGGUGUCUACACGCUGUGGAUCGUGUGGUGUGUUGUGCUUCCCGUCCUCUACGCGGUCGGCCUCGUUUUCCUGCGGAAGCAAUACGGGCAGGAGGCUGACGCGCGGAGUCGGUGGAACAACGAGUAUGGCAUGAACAAAGGACCCCUUGCGAGCGAAUAUCACGAUAACUGA